CUCAAUAAAAACAUCAACCAUUUUACUAUUCAAAAAACAAUCUCUUUUAUGUGACGAUUUUUACAGGAAUAUGAUCAUAAAAACACGAUGCCUUCCAAGAUCUUCAUUGCAAAACAAGAUGCCUUUCAAGAUCUUGUAUCACUACUUACAUCAAGCUUUUUAAACUCAGCUAUAUGCAUAGAAAUUAACUGUAGGGGAAUAACAGUAAUCAAACCCUGCAGACAGUCAACUGUAUGGGGAACCUCAAGGCAUUUAUUGACCAUUGCUUUAGUUUCUUCAUCCCCUGAUUCACAAAGCACUAUGGGGUUUCCCUAUUGUAUUCCAAGGGUAAAAUGUGAUAAAUCAUGUAUGACAAUGAUAGAAUUGCUGAUUUUGGUGGAGAUGGUAAAGAAUUAGAGAGGGAAGUUAAAAA